AGGAAAAAAUAAGAAAUGAGAGAGAGAGAGAGAGAGAGAGAGAGAGAGAGAGAGAGAGAGAGGUAGACUUAGUAAAUAUAAAAUAGAGAAAAGCUAAAGCAAAGCUGGCAAUUUCGUUCCUUUUUAAACCUUCCCCACUCUCUACCCACUUCUUCCAUAGAAUGCUCAUUAGCUCCAUCAUCUCCACUCUUCCAUUCUCAAAAGAAGCAAAGCAGGAAUUACAGGAGAGCGAGAAUUCAUUGAAGAAGACGAAGGAAGCUAGAGAGAGAAAGUUAGCAUGAAAGGAAGAGCAGGAAUUUCUGCUACCAAUACAGGAGGAAUUCCCACUGAUCUUCUUGUCUGCUUCCCUUCGAGAGCCCACCUCACUCUAAUGCCAAAGCCCAUCUGCAGCCCAUCAAGGCCCGCCCAUCACACCAAGCGCUAUCUAAGUCGGCCCAUUCACCGCAGCCAGUCCAGCCCUCUAUUCCGCUCAAAGACCGGCAAGUACUCCGGCGCUGGCGCCGCCGCAGAAGAAAUCACCGACGAGCCAACCUCUCCAACGGUCACCUGCGCCGGCCAGAUCAAAGUCCGUCCACGGUCCAGGCCCGGCCCGAAACCCUCCACCAGCUCCUCGAGAGACGGCAAAGGCUGGCUUUCAGUAAUGGAAGAGGUGGAGAAACUCCAAAGCAAAAAGCCCCUCAUGCAGUUCUUAGGCGCACUUCGCAGCCUUAAAUUUGAUCUCCAUUGCUUCGGUUCUUUCCAUGGCGCUGUUGAUUGCUCUACAGACGAAGAAGAGGGAGCUGAAGCAGAGGAGGAAGUGGAGGAGGAUAAAGAUUUGGAAGGCAGUACCUCAAGAACUAUAUUCUCGAAGUGGUUCAUGUUAUUAGAGGAGAACCAGAACCAUGAACUAAAGAAGGAGAUGAAGAAGGAAGAUGAUAGAAAAGAGAGAGAAGAGGAAGAGCUCGAGCUCGCCCCACCUUCCAAUGCUCUGUUACUGAUGAGGUGCCGCUCUGCUCCAGCUGAAGGAAGAGCUGUUACAGGAAAAGCAGAAAAAGAUUUGGUUUCUGAAACGCCUAAAGAGGAUAAUAAGGAGAAGAAAGAAAGGCUUUUGUUGAUGAGUUAUGAUCCAGAUUUCACCAAGUUGUCGACUGAGAUCUCAAAGGAAACAUGGAUUGUAGGGAAUUUUGAUCCGUUGAACAGAAGCAGGAGUUGGAAGAGAUGAAGAGUGGAUUUACAGUAAGGUUUAUUGGCUUCUUUUCUCUUCUUCUCUUUUGUUCUUCUGAAGGUUAAUGAAGCAUGCUUUGAGCUUAUUCGGAUAUGUGUUCUAUUAUUAGAUUUUUGUAUGCAAUUAUUGAUUGAUAGAGACAAAUAGAAGAGACCUAUCUUGUAUU